AUGGCCAACCUCCUGCAGCCUCAGUUUCCUCCAGCACAGGAACCGGGCUCCACCUCACCCCUGGACCUGCCGGAGAUGGAGAAGCUCCUCACCAAGGUAGAGGACAAGGAUGACAAGACCCGGAAUCUGUCCAAGUCCCUCUCAGGGGGUCUGGAUCUGGAGCAGAAUGGCCAUAGCGUGCCCUUCAAGGCGAUCUCUGAGAAGCACCUGGAGGCCUCACUGCCGCGGUCCCCGUCGCGGGCCAGCUCGAGGCGAGCAUCCUCCAUCGCCACCACCUCGUGUGCCCAGGACCAGGAAGUCCCCAAAGAUUACCUCAUCCUUGCCAUCGCCUCUUGCUUCUGCCCCAUCUGGCCCCUCAACCUCAUCCCCCUCAUCUUUUCUAUCAUGUCUCGAAGCAGCGUGCAGCAGGGGGACCUGGAUGGGGCCCGGAGGCUGGGCCGCCUGGCCCGGCUGCUCAGCAUCACCUUCAUCAUCAUGGGGAUUGUCAUCAUCAUCGUGGCUGUGACCGUCAACUUCGCAGGUGAGGCCCAGUCCCUCGGCCCAGAGGGAGCCAGCAUGCUUGGGGAAAGUGGCCCAGUCCCCGGCAGUGACCGGCUGAGUAGGGCUGUUUUGCUGACUUGUCUUAUGCCUGAGAGUGGAUCAACAGAAAAGGGUGUGGGAAGAGCACAGGCCCAGCAGCUGGCUCUGAUGGCCCCGGGACCUGGGCCAGCGUCCUGCCUGGCUGAGCCUCACUGUUUCCAGGUACAAAGUGGCAGGAAGGAGCCUCCAGCACAGAGGCUUUUGUGA